AUGGCAACCCUCGGAUCCAAAAAGUCCAUCCGCAUCGGCGUCAUGCUCGAGGCCGUUCAGCUGAGCGACAUCAUGGGCAUCGACCUCUUCGGCAACCUGUCCCGUGCGUACUACAACAAAGUCAAGGAUUUCGACCCCGAGUUCGCGCAGUGGGCCGACCACCCGGCCGAGACGGAGUUCUUCUUCAUCUCCUCGACCCUCGAGCCCGCCGAGAUGACGCCGGGCCUGCGGUUCGUCCCCAACGUCACCUACGACGACUGCCCGCGCGACCUGGACCUCGUGCUCAUCGGCGGACCCCUGCUCAACCACCGCCCGCCCGCCGCCGACCGCUUCAUGAGGGAGGCGUUCCCCAAGACGAGGGUGUGGCUGACGACCUGCAUCGGCAGCCCGUGGCUGGCCAGCGCCGGAGUGCUCAAGGGCAAGAAGGCGACGACGAACCGCGAGUUCCUCAAGAUCGUGAGGGAGAUCCACCCCGAGACUGAGUGGCUCGAUCAGAGAUGGGUCGUCGAGGAGAAGGAGUACGACGGCGAGGGCAAGGGCGAGCUCUGGACAGGGGGUGGAGCAGGAGCCGGUCUUUCCAUGAUCAUCACGUACCUGAACAAGAACUUUGACCCGGGCUUUGUUCAGAAGCUGGCCCUUGAGGCGAUCGCCUUUGAGGAGCUGGCCCUGAACCAAUUUUACAAGACGGCGAGGUAG